ACAGAAAUGGCUUUAUGGAUCUGGACACUGAGCAUUUUGAGCUGUUUUUGCAUCACCUUAUCCAGAAAUGAGGAACUGAAAUUUUUUCGGAGUGCUACAGAACUAAAUCACCUAACAGUGGAUAAUGACACUGGGAUAAUCUAUUUAGGAGUGGUAAAUGCUCUGUAUCAGCUUACAGAAAACCUGGAUGUUAUGAGGUCUGUAGAAACAGGUCCAAGAAAGGACAACAAAAAGUGCACACCUCCCAUUGAUGAAAAUCAAUGUAAAGAGGCAGUACUGACGGACAAUUAUAACAAACUGUUGUUGCUGAACAAGGCAGAUAAAACAGUUGUGGUGUGUGGAAGCCUUUUUAAGGGAAUCUGUGCCAUCAGAGAUCUAGAAGACAUUAGAAGUGAGAAGUAUUAUGUGGACAGUAGCGGAGAGAAGUCCUUUGUAGCAAGCAACGACGAGAAUGUAUCAACUGUGGGAUUGAUCACUUCAUUGAAUAAUGACCGAGUGCUCUUUGUUGGGAAAGGGAAUGGACCAAACGAUAAUGGGAUAAUAAUCAGCACUCGGCAGCUCUAUGAAAGGGAUGGAAAAGACAUUUUUGAAAUGUAUACAGACUCAGCAGCUGUUAAGUCAGCUUAUCACUCAUCAAGCACACAGCAAUUUGUGACAGUCUUUGAGGAUAAAAAUUAUGUUUAUUUUAUUUUUAAUCAGCAAGAGAAACAGCCCAUCAAUAACCGCACACUAAUUGCACGUCUGUGCAAAGAUGAUGCCCAUUAUUAUUCCUACUUCGAAAUGGACUUGGGUUGCAAAGAUGAUGAUGGUGCCUAUGACCACUGUCAUUCUGCUUACAUCACUACCCCAGGAGAAGAGCUGGCUGAGAGCAUGGCUCAGCAGAGACAAACUACGGAUGCUCUCUCAGAUGACAAAGUUCUUAUUGCACUCUUCAGCAAAGUAAACAAAGAAAAUGGCUCUCUGAAAUCUGCCAUGUGUGUCUUUUCCUUGAGGCACAUCAAUGAAAAGAUGGAAAAAAACCGGAAUGAUUGCUACACUAAAAAGAAUACCAGCUCAUUUUACAAACUUUUUGCAGCAGAAAACCCGUGUGCAUCACAUGGACUGAAUGCAAGCAAAAAUUUCCCCUGUGGCUCCGAACACUUGCCGUACCUUUUGGGAAGUAAGAACGGUGUUAUAGAGAAGCCAGUACUGCAAAAGGAAGGGAUGAAUCUCACGGCUGUCACUGUGGCUGUGGAGAAUGGGCACACUGUGGCCUUUCUGGGAACUUCGGAUGGUAAAAUUCUUAAGGUGUUCCUGUCAUCCACUGCAACUGAGUACAGCUCUCUUACUAUUGAACUAAACAAGCCCAUAAAGAAUGACCUGGUCCUUGACAAAACCCAAGAAAAUUUGUACGUGAUGACCACAGACAAGGUGCAUCGGCUACCUGUGCAGGACUGCCACAAGUAUUCAGACUGUGAGAAGUGUACUCAAGCGAGGGAUCCGUACUGCGGCUGGUGCGUGAGAGAGGGCAGGUGCACAAAGAAGGCAGACUGUGGAACAGCUGAUAAGGAGAACCACUGGCUGUGGAGUCCAAGUGGCACAUGCAUGACUAUCGUUAGUGCAGACCCUUUAAAUAUGAGUCGCAGAGCCCCUGCUAAGGUGGAACUGACUGUAAGUCCCUUGCCAACUUUGACUGAGAGUGACAAGGUUUUGUGUACAUUUGGUGAAACAACCCGUUAUGCUCAAUUAAAAGAAGGGGUUAUUAUCUGUGAUCCGCCUGACAUAAUUCCUCCAACACCAAAAGGUCAAGAUCAUGUUUCAGUUCCAGUUCAGUUAACCUUUGCAAAGAACAAGAUAUUUUUUGCGUCACAUACUUACCCUUUUUAUGACUGUGAAGAAGCAAUGAAUCUUUUUGAAAAUCAGCCAUGCUAUUCCUGUGCAAGCAAUAGAUGGAAUUGCCAGUGGGACUGGAAGAGACAUAUCUGUGAAGAGUCCUCUUCAGUACAGGAUGUAAUUAAACAAAAUAUGGAAGAAGAAUGCCCACAGUUUCUAAACCCUAACCCUCCAAUAAUACCUAUGGAGUACCGAACAGCGGUGUAUUUUGAGGGAAGACAUCUAGCUUAUUAUCGGGAUAAAAAAUUUGUGGUUGGAAACAGCCAGUUUGAAUUCGAAGCUCCUGUUGAUGAAUCAGAUGAAGGAAAAUUUUCAUUCAUGAGUAAAGAGUUCUCCUAUAGUGCAAAUGAGACCCUACGACUUAACUUAUCCAUAAGAACAGAUAAGGUCAAGAUUGACAGCAAACUGAUGGUGACUCUGUACAACUGCUCUUAUGGACGAAGUGACUGCAGCUUAUGCCUCGCAGCCCAUCAUGACUAUAAAUGUGUCUGGUGUGAAGAAGAGGGCAAGCCCAGCAAGUGCGUUUAUGAAAAACUCUGUCACGCUCCUCCCACCGACACGUGUCCUCAUCCAGAAAUCACUCGCAUUGAGCCAAAAACUGGACCACUAAGUGGUGGAAUUCUUCUGACCAUAAUGGGAUCUAAUUUGGGAAUAAAAGCAGAAGAUGUAAAAAAUAUAACGGUGGCAGACAAGGAAUGUCUUUUCAAAGAGGAAUUCUACUCUGUCUCCACAAGGAUUGUAUGUCAGGUUGGACCAAUGAAUGAAGCAAAACAAGGUCAAAUUGAAGUUAACAUCAAUGGAAAAUUAGGUAAAUCACCAAGCGAAGUGCUAUUUACAUACCAG